CUUGACGUCCAGCGGACUCUUGCUUUGCCAGCAGCAGUCAGUCAGUCAGUCAGACACACACGGACUCAAGUCAUCUCUGAACCGCAGAGAUUCUCCUUCAGUCGCUUCUUGUAUUUAUAGCCGCCGCUGCGAAAAACGACUAAACAGAAUGGCCACGAACUGCUCUUCUCGAAUCACAGCCGUUCGGAGAUAAGAGGGCGGAAACGCGAGUAAAACAGACGGGGGAGAAAGAAAAACAGACGAGGCCGAACCCAUCGAGGGAGCGCGAGAGCAGUCUAGUUUCUCACGCGCGGCGCUCAAGUGGAUUUGCGGCUCAAACCGACGAGGACGAAAACACGCCCGUAGCAAACCGUACAUGUGGAUUAUUCGCGGACAUUUCUUAAUUUCCUUCUGCUCAGAAACUACAUAAACGUCCGGUAGCGAUAGACCUUCACCUUCCGCGGAGAGGUCGGUGACUGCCAGGACUCAACGCCCCAUGAUGCACAGCGUUUGUGACAAGACCACACCCACUUUCAGUGUGUAGAGGAAGUUGCAUCGUCAGCAUGUCCUCUUACCCUCAGUCAGUGCCUCAGGGUCGGAGGGCUGUGGAUGCUCGUCACCUUUCUAGUCCCACCACCCUUCCUCUGCAGCUGAGAGCCCAUACGGAUGUUGGUGGACUGGUGGACUACCAUCCUCACGCUCGGGACUAUGGUUCCCAUCUGUCCCAUGGAUCCCUGGCCCAGCCUCACCGCCGCAGACCAUCCCUUCUCUCUGAAUUUCAGCCAGGCAGUGAAAGAGGUCAAGAACCCCACAUCCGAUAUGAACACAUUUACCUACAGGACCCCGGCAGCCAAUCAGAAGUGGAAUACUCUGAGAUGAAGCGUCCUCGCUUGGAAAUGGGGAGAGAGUCUCUUAUUCGUCACUCAACUCAUCGUCAGCCCCUCACCGUGGGUGGAGCUGAGGAAAUGGCAAAGGAGCACAGCAGCAGCAGUAGUUCCAUUGGAAAGAUUGAGCCCAUCUCUCCCAUAAGCCCAGUGCCCAUGGAGCCCGGCUUGGACCUGGUUCCCUCUCGCCUCUCCAAAGAGGAGCUAAUCCAGAACAUGGACCGGGUGGAUCGGGAGAUCACCAUGGUGGAGCAGCAGAUCUGUAAACUGCGUAAAAAACAGCAACAGCUAGAGGAAGAAGCUGCGAAACCCCAGGAGCCAGAGCGCACCAUCUCACCUCCACCCAGUGAAGCCAAACACCGCAGCCUUGUCCAGAUCAUCUAUGAUGAAAACAGGAAAAAGGCAGAGGAGGCUCAUCGCAUCCUGGAGGGACUCGGUCCCCGAGUAGAGCUGCCUUUAUAUAACCAGCCGUCUGAUACCAAGCAGUACCAUGAGAACAUCAAGAUAAAUCAGGCAAUGAGGAAGAAGCUUAUUCUGUAUUUCAAAAGAAGAAAUCAUGCUCGCAAACAGUGGGAACAGAAAUUCUGCCAGCGCUACGACCAGCUAAUGGAGGCCUGGGAGAAGAAAGUUGAGCGCAUCGAGAAUAACCCGCGCCGCAGAGCCAAAGAGAGCAAAGUGCGGGAGUAUUACGAAAAACAGUUUCCUGAGAUCCGCAAACAGAGGGAGCUGCAGGAGCGCAUGCAGAAUAGAGUGGCUCAGCGAGGUGGGGGUUUGGCCUCAGCAGCCCGCAGCGAACAUGAGGUUUCUGAGAUCAUCGAUGGCAUCUCAGAGCAAGAGAACUCAGAGAAGCAGAUGCGUCAGUUAGCUGUGAUUCCUCCCAUGCUGUUUGAUGCAGAGCAGCAGAGGAUAAAGUUCAUCAACAUGAACGGGCUGAUAGACGAUCCCAUGAAGGUCUACAAAGACAGACAGGUCAUGAACAUGUGGAGUGAACAGGAGAAGGACACUUUCCGUGAGAAGUUUAUCCAGCACCCAAAAAACUUUGCCCUGAUAGCCUCCUUUCUGGAGAGAAAGACAGUGGCUGAGUGUGUCCUGUUCUACUACCUGACUAAGAAGAAUGAGAACUACAAGAACAUUGUUCGCAGGAGCUACCGUCGCCGAGGCAGGAGCCAGAAUAACCAACAAGCACAGCAACAGGUGAACCGCAACAAUCAGGAAGAGAAAGACGACAAGGAGAAAGAAAAGGAGGGAGACCGUGAGGAGGAAAAAGUAGAGGGAGAUGAGAAAGAGGACGGCAUGAAAGAUGACACCUCUGGUGAGGACGGGGAGGAGAAAGAGCCUCCUGCAACCGCUAAAGGCCGGCGCACCGCAAACAGCCGCGGUCACCGGAAAGGACGAGUCACUCGCUCUAUGACCAACGAGCAGGAAGAGAACACUUCACCGCUAAGCACUGAGCUGGCUAAUCUGGAGAUGAAUGAAAGUUCUCGCUGGACUGAAGAGGAGAUGGAGACCGCAAAGAAAGGUCUGCUCCAGUAUGGCAGAAAUUGGUCCGCUAUCGCCAAGAUGGUGGGCUCCAAAACAGUCUCCCAGUGCAAGAACUUCUACUUUAACUACAAGAAGAGACAGAAACUGGAUGAGAUUCUGCAACAGCAUAAAAUAAAAUCGGAGAAAGAGCGUAAGGCCAGACGUAAAGGUAAAGCUCUUCAGAACGAGGAGGCCAGCGCUCCAUCUGCUGCAGAGGAAGAGGAGAUGGAGGGAUCGGGAGUCAGCGGCAAUGAGGAGGAGGCUCAGGAUGACGGAGAGGGUGGAGCCAAUAACAGCUCAGACACCGAGAGCCUCCCUUCCCCACGCUCCUCGGAUGACAGCAAGGUCAAAGAAGAGGGCUCCGGACGGCCUAAAACUGCACCCAACGCCACUUCCUCCUCGUCCUCCACGGACAAAGACAUGGCAGCUACGGAGAUGGGGCCGGAUGCAAUGCCAAAAGUGGAGAAAGGAGAGGUGGAACAGAGAGGAGUGAAGCAGGAGGUAAAGAUCGAACCAGGGGAGUGUUGUAAGGAGGCAGCAGGAGAAGAUAAGAAGCCUCCUGCCCUGGAGGGGGAGGAGGGCAAGAAAGAGAUCAAAACGAAAGAGCAUGGAGGAAAGAGCGGAGCUCAAGACAGCGACUCCAGCGCCACAUGCAGCGCCGAUGAGGUGGAGGAGACUGAAAGCUCAGACAAGAACAGGCCGAGUUUGUUGAGUUUCGCCCAUGAUGGAGUGAUCGCUUCUCCACUUCAGAAACCGCUGGACCUCAAACAGCUCAAGCAGAGAGCAGCCGCUAUACCUCCCAUAAUGCCAGAGAUGUCGGUAGCAGGACGCGAUAACCGGCCCAGGUUGCUGGGGAAGCAGCAGGCUAUGCCCCACGCUCUUGCAUUGUACCAGCAGCAGAUUACCAUGGCACAUGAAUCUUCCCAGGAGGCCAAACAGCAACAAUCACAGCCAACCAAAUCUCAGCAUAACACAGGGGGCGGAGACUCAAGCAGCCCACGGGUCAGGACUCGCAGCCCUGGUGUCUCUGAGAGAGAGAGAGAAGAGCUGGAGGGGAACGAGAGAUGGCUUCAGGCUCUGCUACAUGGAUUACAUAAAUCUCGAGCAUUCUCUCCUCUUGCGGAUGGUAAAAAGAUUCCCGGGGCUGAUGACGUUCGGGCUGUAGGUCUAGGCCGGCCAGUGUUGUCACCGUACCAGCUCUCUCCCAGAGACAUGGCCAAACUCAGCCAUGAACAGCUGCUACACUACAAUCCCUCAUUGGCUCCCACUCUACAGCCACAGGAGAGAAUGGCUGCAGUGCGGCCUCUCCAUAUCCCAGAACCCCCUCCUCUCAUCUCCUCUGCCAAACCUGGUGGUUCCAUCACGCAGGGUACUCCGGUGCAGUUGCACAACCCUUCUCAUAGCUCCGACCAUGGGAAAAUCCCAGCACCAGGAUCCCUGGCUCUCUCCUGGAUGGACCAGAGGAAAAUGGGAGGGUUUCCAGUGGUUAAACAGGAGCAGUUGUCUCCACGCGGGGCCGCCUCCUCUCAGACUGAUAAUCUCUCCUCACAGGACAGCGCUACGUCACGGGGCCCCAUGCCAGCUGUUCAGGGUGGCAGCAUCACGAAGGGCAUCCCUGGCACACGUGUGCACCAAGAACCUUCCAUAUCAUAUCGAGGAGGUUCAAUCACUCAGGGCACCCCUGCAGAUGUCUUGUAUAAGGGCACAAUAACCCGUCUGAUCACUGAGGACAGCCCCAGCAGAGAGAGAAGCAGAGAAGACACUCCUUCUAAGGGGCACGUAGUCUACGAGGGCAUCAGUGGACACAUCCUCUCCUUUGACCGGGGUCCAAAUUCUAAGGAAGAGGGUCGUGGAGACAUGGCUGGGCUGAAGAGGACCUAUGACAUGAUGGAGGUUGGCAUUUCUCGUGUGCCACCCAUCAGAGACUCAAUAUCUGCCACUGAAGGCUUGAUCAGUCGAGCAAUGCCUCACGAGCGUGAUAGUCCUCAUCUACACCACAUCCGUGGAUCCAUAUCCCAAGGAAUCCCGCGGGAUGACUGUCAGCGCCGGGAGGUUAAACAGAUGAAAAGAGAGGGUUCCCCAUCACCCCGUGGCCCUGGUCAUCCCACUGACACUCUUAAAUCACGCUCUCACGAGAGUAUGGUGACCACCGUCAAAGAGGGAGGACGCUCCAUCCACCUGAUCCCUCCUGAGGGGGUUGUGAUAGGCAAGCCUAAGGAGGGCUCAAUCACCCAGGGCACCCCUCUGAAACAAGAGCCUGUUGGCUCAUCCAAGCGCCAUGAUGUGCGGUCCAUCAUCGCCAGCUCUCCUCGGCCUUACUCUGGAAUGCCCUCUCAUCUAGAGCUCAGGCCCGAGCACAGAGGGUCUGACAGGGCCCGAUAUGAGGAGGUAGGGAGCAAAUCACGACCCAGCGCUGUGGUCAGCACCCCCGGUUCUCUGUCCCGUACUUCUCCAUUGGCACUUAGUGGAGAACAGAGCAGCAGACCCCACCACAGUCCAGUGGGCUAUGAAGAUCACAAAAGAUCCGGCUACCCUCCGCCUUCGCACAGAGCCUCUCCACUGUCCGGCAGAGAAACCUCACAGCGUGCACAUGAAGGCUCUAGUAAGGCCCAGCAGCAGGAGAGAAAAGCCACUCCCACCCCUCGUGAGGUAAACUCCACUAAGUCUCCACUGGCAGUUGGUGAGCACACUGCGUCUUUGGCCUACGAGAGGAUCCUGCAGGGGCUGGGAACGGAUAUGUACCGUGGCCAGAUACCUCUACCAUUUGACCCUGCAACUCUGCCCAGGGGAAUCCCGAUUGAGCCAGCAGCGUAUUACCUGCCCCGUCACCUGCCCCCUGGCCCUGGCUACCCUCACCACUACUCACCCUACCUGAUCAGAGGUUUCCCUGAAACAGCAGCCCUGGAGAACAGACAAACGCUCUUCAACGACUACAUUACCUCCCAGCAGAUGCACCAGUGGCCAGCCGCUGCUGCCAUGGCUGCCCAGAGACCCGACCUGCUCAGAGGCCUAACACCUCGAGAGCAGUCUCUUAACUUAGCCUACUCACCUACACACAGAGGAACAUCUGCCUCUCCCAUGGAUCGUAUCACAUACAUCCCAGGAACUUCUCCAGCUUUCCCCAGCGGAGCCUACAACACAUCUCCCAUCUCACCAGUGGGAGCCUCUCACAUGAGCAAGAUCCAAGGCAGUUCGACAUCCUCAGAGAGAGAAAGAGAACGGGAGAGGGAGAGAGAGAGAGAAAGAGAGAGGGAUCGUGAGCGAGACCGAGAGCGAGAGAGGGACAGGGAACGAGACCGAGAGAGAGAGCGUGAGAAAGAUCGGGACAGAGAAAGAGACAAGUCCCUCGGUCAUGGUAACGUGGAACAUGCUCCUAUAUGGAGACCAGGAGCACCAGAACAGAUGGGUGGCAGCAGCAGCAGCAGUUCUCGUCCCCCGUCUCAUCCAUACAGUCACCAGUCGUCUCCGCUCUCCCCUCGUCCCCAGGACAGCCUGCAGCAGAGACCUAGUGUUCUGCACAACACCAGCUCAAAGAGCCUGCCCAAUUCUGAGCACAACAGUCCCUCUGUGCUGCGGCCACCAGGAUCUGCUCGCUACCAGGGCUUCAGUGGGCACCUUCGGUCUGGUCUAGCCAAUGAGGGUUACCCAUCCGGUACAGACUCAAACGCUAAAGAUUCAAAUAGAGAUGGGGGCAAAAGCCAUGGGCGUGGAGGUCUGCCCAAACAUCAGGACCUUUCAUCCUCUUCCAAGUUUGACCCCAAGCUGGCCAGCCCUGGUGACGGUGGGUCAUACCCCUCUCCGUACAGCCAGGCCCCUGGUGCCCACCUCGGUCUGCCCACAAGUCGAGGGCACCCCUUGCUGGCUUCCGAAAACAACGGCGGCAGCAGUUCCAUCCCGUCCCGCGGUGGGGAUGGCAUCAGCAGCGCGUCAAGUAGGGAAAAGACUCAAAACAAAGUGAUGUCCUUACAGGAACACGAACUUCGAGCACUCGGUAAGACCACCAUGACAGCGGCCAACUUCAUAAACGCGAUAAUCAUGCAUCAAAUUUCUUGUGAUGCGUCGAUGCCAGAGACUGGUGCGCUCGCGACCAACGGCACCUGUGAUGCUCACCAAAAGGCACUAGAACAGCUGUAUGGGUCUGAGGACAGACUUUCUCCAGGUCAGCAGCCGCCUUCUGCUGUCAAAGGCUCUCAGAGAGUGGUCACUCUCGCCCAGCACAUCAGUGAGGUGAUCACUAAAGACUACACGCGCCAGUCGCAGCAAGGCCAGAUAGGGGGUCAAUCAUCUCUACAGCCUGUGUUUGGAUAUCACAGCUCCCCUGUGCUGGAUCUCACUCGUCCUCCCAGCGCCCCCCAAGCCCAGACUCCCACAGACCCCAACGCCCGCUACACCCCAGAAGGCGCUGCUGCUGAGAGGGAGAGAGGGAGAGACAGGUCUCCUCCUCAGAGUAAGGCCUCUCCAGUGAGUCUGGCUGCUGAUGGGAUUGAACCUGUUUCACCACCAGGGGCCAUUUCGGAGCCGGAGACACCAGGAGCUGCCUACCCUAAUGAACAAGCAGAGCAGGGUAUGGGAUCUCGUUCACCAGCCAGUAGCUCUCAACCACCAGCCUUCUUCAGUAAACUGGCUGAGAGCAACUCUUCUAUUGUCAAGAGCAAGAAGGAAAUGAUUAAGAAGAUGGUGGUCGGCACAGAGGCUGAAUUCAACCAGGGCCAACCUGGGACAGAAAUCUUUAACAUGCCCGCCUCUACAAAUGCUGGACCCGUGAGCGUGUGCAGUCACCCGGCACCAGAGGCCAGCGGUAAUACUAUAGGUCUGGAGGCCAUUAUCAGGAAAGCCCUCAUGGGAAAGUAUGAUGAACAGAUGGACGAUCGCUCACCGUCCAACUCUGUCAACUCGAUGAGUGUUGGCGUGCCAGCUGCUGUCGGGCCGCCAGCUUCAGUGGAUGGGCGUUCUGAAGACCCCUACUCCUUGCCAGUUAAAUCCAAAGGAGGGCGCUCUAAUGGUCGCAAGACUAAGUCUCCUGGUCCUGGUCUGUCUGGAGGAGAGAGACCUUCAUCUGUGUCCUCUGUCCACUCUGAGGGAGACUGUAACUGUCACACCCCACUCACCAACAGAGUGUGGGAGGACAGACCCUCAUCUACAGGCCCCACUCCAUUCCCCUGUAACCCCCUGACCAUGCAGAUGCGUCUCCCCAGUGGGAUGAUGUCAGGACCCUCACCUUCCCCAAUGCAGCAGGGCACAUCGGCGCCUCCACAGGGCCAGGCCCAACCCCGCACCUGGGAGGAAGAACCCAAACCUCUGCUGUGCUCUCGUUUGUUAUGUUGUUGGUAG